GCGCCGCCGGGUCCGAGCCGUGGAGGUUCACUGGAAUAGAACAGAACAUGGACAGGGAAGAUAUCAAGAUGUUGGUGAACAAAUGGUGGGAUAUUUACAUUGACGAGUCACUGGACUAUAAUAAUUAUGUGGCUUCCGGUGAGGAUGAGGCGGUGAGCUGGCAACCGUUCCUGACGGCGCUGUCGGAGGCCGGCGUUGUAAUUAAACCCCAGCGGACUGUCAUAGAAGAGUCAGAAAGUAGUGCCAGAAAUGAUCACCUAGAGAAAAGGAUGACUCAGCUACCGGAGAGGGUGCAUCUUACCUUGACUCAAAAUAACUUGCAGGAAUUGAAAGAUAUAUAUCACGGUUGGUCUACCGAGCGCCGCCGCGAAUUCGAUCGAAAGUUUGGGCACAUAGGACUCCUUCUAUCUACUACAAUAGAUGAAGCAAUGCUUAAGGCAGCAAUCCACUUUUGGGAUCCCAGGUACGGUGUCUUUGUAUUUGGUGAAGUUGAUAUGACUCCUACUCUUGAAGAAUAUGCAGCCCUGCUUAGAAUCGCAAGUGCAACAUCAGGAAAAAUAUAUAAUAAGCAUGAUGCUUGCUAUGGAUUUAAGAGAAAAUUAGCAAAGAUCAUGGGCAUCCAGGUUCAAGAACUUGAAGGUUUGAUUACAAAGAACGGGGAAAAUGAACGAAUACCAUGGUAUGGACUGCGAGACUUCAUUCUUGGAAAUCCUGACAACCCAGUUACUUUGAAUGCCUUUGCUCUAGCAAUCUAUGGAUUGGUAUUGUUCCCAAAGGCUUUGGGAUAUGUUGAUAGAAAAAUUGUCAACCUGUUUGAGCAAUUGUUGGACAACGCUAACCCUAUCCCAGUUAUACUGGCUGAAACUUUCCGGUCGUUGAAUCACUGCAGAAUCAAUGGGCAAGGGAGGUUCACAGGAUGUGCUCAAUUGCUAACGAUAUGGCUGAAAAGCCAUUUCGAGCGCCUCCACAGUGAAUUCGAGGAUCCUAAUGUUGGAGAUAGGUUCCCCAUAGAAGAAUUCAAGAUGAUGUCGAAACGUGCCUGGAUGGACAAACUGCGAAGGUUGACUGCAACAAAUGUGAUAUGGAAGGCCCCAUGGAUGGACCAUCUCCCAUUGCUCUACCGUUGUGGGAACUACCCAUGGGUACCCUUGUUAGGCUUGUGGGGAGCAACUGCCUAUGCGCCUGCUUUAGUUAGAAGACAGAUUGGAUCUUUACAAUUCAUGCCAGUGAUAUCCAAGCUUGACACAUUUGGGUUUGAAUAUGGAAUUCCAGGGACCACCGACCGCAUUUUUUAUGUAUGUGAGGCCUGGAAAAACAUCCAUCGUGUGGCUGCUGGGGCAUAUACCGAUAUAACUAGCCCGGGAUAUCCCGAAUGGCGAGCAAAUCGGUUAAGGGACUUCGUUAUCCCAGAGCCAUUCGAGCCUGAAAGAAAUGAUGAAACGGAUGAGCCGUCCGAGGAAAGGAAGAUACAGUACGAUGCGUAGCCAUUUUAGUUUUUCAAUUUUUAAUUUUAAAUACCUUGGGUCUUCAAAUAAUUUUAAGCACUUUUU